UCACAACGCACGUUUGUUUAUUUUUCUGAGAUUGACAUUUGGCACAAUCUGUAUGUACAUAAUUAGUUAUUAUAUAAAAAAUAUUGUAUAUUCCAACAUUGUAAGAAAUUUUUACUGAAAGUGAUGGAAUUUUUCAAUAUUAAUGUGUAAAAUAUUCAAAGGACGAUCGUAUGAAUAUCACUCAUUAAAAAAUGUUUCGAAAAACUCUUUUAACAACAGAUUCAAUUUCCUGGAAAUAUUUAUUGAUCGAAACAACGGAGAAUGUUCCUGCUGAAAUUAAAGUACAAUUAGUACCUAUAAUUGAAAAUUUAAGUCAUUUUCAUGAAAAAAACAAGAAUGACUUUAAUGAGUCAAUUAAAAAUAUGGAAUUACGAAUAGAAGCUUGUUUGGAUCGAAUUUGGGAAACACUGCAUUCUGGUUAUUGGAAAGAUGUUCCCAUUCAAUAUAGAUAUUCAUAUUCAAUUUGCAGUAUUCUUAAGACCAUUUGUUUGGAAAUUCAAAAUAACAUUCAAACAGAUUUGUCAAUGGUAUUAACGAUGAUAAAACAAAUUGACAAGGGAAUUUUAUUAGGAGCGCCACUUCAAAGUUCUCCUGAUAUGUUAACAUUGGUUGCCUCACGAUUAAAUAGUCAUUUUAUAAAAAUCUCAUCAAAAGAAGAUCUCAGCAAGAGGAUAGAAAUUAAAAAUGUUGAUAUUAGCUCUAAAUUAUUUCCUGAAUUUCGGUCUGUGCCUAAUUAUGAACAGCCAUCAAUGGAACUAUUUUAUAAAAAUAUUUUUCAACCAAAAGUUCCGGCAAUAAUAAAAGGGUCUAUGAAGCAUUGGAAGUCUUUAGAAUUGUGGAAGGACAUAGAAUAUCUUAAAAGAGUAGCUGGAACUCGAACUGUACCAAUUGAAGUUGGUUCCAAAUAUACAGAAGAUGAUUGGGCACAACAGCUUAUUACAUUUUCAGAAUAUCUCGAAACUCAUAUUUCUUCCAAAUGUACAAAAAUUGGAUAUUUAGCUCAACAUCAAUUAUUUCAGCAGAUACCAGAAUUAAAGGAAGAUUUUUCUGUACCAGAUUUUUGUUCAUUUUCUGAUAUAGACGAUGAAAGUUUGCCAGAUAUUAAUGCAUGGUUUGGUCCAGCAGGAACUGUUUCUCCUUUACAUUAUGAUCCAAAGAACAAUUUAUUAUGUCAGGUAUUUGGAUACAAACGAAUAAUUCUUUAUAAACCAGAAGACAGUGAAUAUCUUUAUCCUUAUGAAUCGAGAUUACUAUCUAAUACAGCGCAAGUGGAUCCUUAUCAACCAGAUUAUGAAAAAUGGCCAAAAUUUAAAUCAGCGGAAGGUUUCUUUUGUUAUUUGAAACCAGGAGAAAUGUUAUUUAUUCCGCCACAAUGGUGGCAUCAUGUAGUUAGUCUCUCGCCUAGUUUUUCUAUAAGUUUCUGGUGGAAUUAAAAAAAAUAUAUUUUUACAACUAAAUUUUAAAGAAAUAAAAGAAAUUAUGUAUUUUUGUAGAAAAA